CCACCGCCCUCCCCGGGACCCUCUUCUCCGUCCCCUGGUCUUCUCUCCCCUUACCCAGCGCCGCCAGCUCCUGGGGGACACUCCGAGGCCCCCGACCCGCCGCCGUCUGCCGCCACGGGGGUAGUCCGGGGCCGUUCCGGAGUCACCCGGACCCGAGAGGCUGCUGCACCGGGCCUCAGCCACCCCUCCGGAUGCUGGUGCUGCCGUCCCCCUGCCCCCAGCCCCUGGCGCUUCCCUCCUCUGACGCCAUGGAGGCCCCUCCCCCUCGGACAGGCGGGUCCCCAGAACCUGGACCUUCCUCCUCCACAGGAUGUCCCCAGACUUCGUCCCCUUCGAGGCCCAACCACUACCUGCUCAUAGACACCCAGGGCGUCCCAUACACCGUGCUGGUGGACGAGGAGUCUCAGAGGGAGUCCGGGCCCGAAGGGGCUUCAGCUCAGAAAAAGUGCUACAGCUGCCCCGUGUGCUCCCGGGUCUUCGAGUACAUGUCUUACCUUCAGCGACACAGCAUCACCCACUCAGAGGUGAAGCCCUUUGAGUGCGACACCUGCGGCAAGGCAUUCAAGCGGGCCAGCCACCUGGCGCGGCACCACUCCAUUCACCGGGCAGGUGGCGGGCGGCCUCACGGCUGCCCGCUCUGCCCCCGCCGCUUCCGAGAGGCGGGUGAGCUGGCCCAGCACAGCCGGGUCCACUCCGGGGAGCGCCCCUUUCAGUGCCCGCACUGCCCGCGCCGAUUUAUGGAGCAGAACACCCUGCAGAAGCACGCUCGGUGGAAGCAUCCCUGAGCCAGGCUGCGGGGUACCCCAGGUCGCAUGGGAUUUUGGGGGGAGUGUGGACUCCUGUGGCCCUCAGACAGCCGGCAGCGCCAGAGGCUGGGUUGCGGGGGCCCUGGACACAAACACAGACGCUCGCCUUGGCCAGGCCGAGCCCUGCCUUAAGGAGGAGCCCGGCAGUAAUCUUCAGGUCCUCAGUAUUUGGAAGAUGGGAACAAGACCUCACAUUUACAGAGAGAAGUCCUCUAACCUCAGAGACAUCAGCGAUUCCACGGCCCACAGCUGAGCCCUAACUGGAGGGGUAGGGGGCAGUGUGCUGUGUGUUGAAAUUCUCCACCCGGAAACCAUGGUUGGGGGCCAUCAGGAAUCUGCACCAUCUUUCUGAGGCCUUCCUGUGAUGCUGGGGGAAGGGGCCCCAGACCUGCCUCCCACUCCCCAGCCAGGGCCUGAGACUGGACACUCAAUAAAUACGUGUUCCACUUUGAGCACGUGAGGUUUGUUUUGGGGGACUGUGUCUCUGCCCACUGCCUAGAAGGGAGACUUAGCAAGUGCCUGGCCCAGUUGGGCCUUCGCUUGCCUGGCUGGGGAAUUGUAAGGUUGGCCUGCACUGGGGUUAGUCCUAGCUUGGCUCCUGACCAGCUGUGUCAUCCACGCAGAGUGUUUUUAAACUUUUUUUUUUUAAACCAUGAUCCAUUGUAAGAAACACAUUUUAUAUGGUAACUCGGUA